AUGAAAUUUUUUAUUAAUAAAUUUACGAAAUCACUUUUAAUAAAAAUUUCAAUAUCGAAUAAAAUAUUUAAUAUAAGAUAUUUUUCCCAAUAUUACAAAAUAGAUGAUAAUAUUUUUGGAUUAAAUGAACAACAGAAAGAGCUACGUCAACUAGUAUUUAAUUUUGCUCAAAAAGAACUUGCUCCAAAAGCGGCUGAAAUUGAUAAAAAGAAUAAUUUCGAUGAACUUCGAGAAUUUUGGAAGAAACUCGGCAAGUUAGGUUUAUUAGGAAUAACUGCAAAAUCUGAAUACGGUGGUACAGGUGGUACGUAUUUAGAUAAUGUCAUUGUUAUAGAGGAAUUGAGUAGAGCAUCGGCAGCUAUAGGUCUUAGUUAUGGCGCACAUUCAAAUUUAUGUGUAAAUCAAAUCCACAGAAAUGGGACAGAAGAACAAAAGCAUAAAUAUUUGCCAAAAUUAUGUAGCGGAGAACAUAUCGGAGCGCUUGCGAUGUCAGAAUCGACAUCCGGAUCUGACGUAGUUUCUAUGAAAUUGCGAGCUGAAAAAAAGAAUGAUUAUUAUAUUUUAAAUGGUCAUAAAUUUUGGAUUACAAAUGGUCCUGAUGCUGAUACUCUUAUCGUUUACGCAAAAACGGAUCCAAAUGCGAUUAAACAACAACAUGGUAUUACAGCAUUUAUCGUGGAACGAGAUUUCGAAGGUUUUAGUAUAGCUCAAAAAUUAGAUAAAUUAGGUAUGCGAGGUUCUAACACUGGCGAACUUGUAUUUCAAGAUUGUAAAGUUCCAGUUAAAAAUGUACUUGGACAAGUAAACAAAGGUAUUUACGUGUUAUUUAGUGGUCUAGAUUUGGAACGUGUAAUGUUAGCAGCAGGUCCUUUAGGAAUCAUUCAGGCUUGUUGCGACGUGGCAUUUGAAUAUGCACAUGUGAGAAAGCAAUUUGAAAAACGUAUAGCAGAAUUUCAAAUGAUACAGGGAAAAAUUGCAAAUAUGUAUACGAGUUUAAGCGCUUGUAGGAGUUAUUUGUAUUCUGUAGCUAGAUCUUGUGAUGCAGGAUAUAUAAAUCGAAAAGAUUGUGCCGCGGUGAUACUUUACAUUGCUGAAUGCGCUACCAAUGCUGCGUUGGACGCAAUUCAAAUACUAGGUGGAAAUGGCUAUAUAAAUGAUUAUCCUACUGGAAGAUUAUUAAGGGAUGCAAAAUUAUAUGAAAUUGGUGCUGGUACCAGUGAGAUUCGUCGAAUGGUAAUUAGUAGAGCGAUUAGCGAAGAAUAUUCAUAAAUAAAAAUAUUAUUAAUUUGAAUCUCUUAAAAAUAUUAUAAUUUAAAUAAUUUGUUUAAAAUAGUGUAUAUAUACAAUUUUUCUUUUCUAAAAAUCAAAAAUAAAAAUAUAUAUUAAUUUUA